UAAUAAACUCCCAUGGAAAGGCUUGGUACACCUACAAAGUCAAUGAUUCAACAGCUUCAACAAGUAGGUCUAGUCACUGAAGAAAAGCUUAAGUUGUUUAAGGUUGGUAAAGGACAGUAAAGAUCUGUACAAUUACCUGAAAACUGUUGAGAACAGAUUGGAUGAAGAUUUGAGCAAAUACAACACAAAACAAGAUCUAAAGCAACAUAUGGAAGAACUGCAUAACUACAAUGUGAUCAAGGAUGCAACCCAGAGCUUGUUAGGAUCUUUAUCAUGUCAGACUGGACAGUCAGUUACUGAGUUGCACGAACAGUUUGGUGUCAAAGAUUAAUGGUGAUUCUCCUGAUCAGUAAAUAAUGGCUGAAUCUUCUGAAAGUGAUGUGGAUGAUGGCUCAGUGAUCAUAACAAAAAAGAGUUUGAAAAAAGCCAUUGCGUUGUUGGAAGAUGAUGAGUCUUCCAAGGAGGCACAUUUUGGUGGACGGAAGGCUGUGAGGGAAUGUCAGCUGCCAUGUCUACAAGCCCACAACCUCUGUGCUGCAGCGGACAUAUUCUCUGGCGACGGUAGCUUCAACAGACAAGUUCUAGAAGAGCUGCGUGUGAGCUUCUUGACAAAUAACUAUCCAGCGGCUGCUAAAUUACUAGAGUGGCUUCUUCACAGAGCUACCAAGCCAGACCUGCCCAUACUGUGGAGGAGUGCUGUGGUUUUAUUUCUCAAUGAAGAUUGCAGUAAUCAGAAGCUUCUUGACGAGUUUCUUGAGAUGUGUGCUGAUCAAAGAUUACCUGAAUCAAAAAUACAUUUGAUAAAACUGUUAGUGUCUUUGCCGGGUCCAGAAAUGAUGGCUGCAAGAACAAAAAAGCUGUCAAGAAAAGUAGGAAGUGAAGUAACUGAUUCAAGAAGUGUGACGGAGAAUGAAGAUCCUGAUGAUCCUGACUGUUUUUUCAGUUAAAAGUGUAGUUCAAUUUAUUUUGUUGUGUUGUCUACACUUAUAUUUUGUAUAAACUUAAAUGUUGAUAACCAUUAGUGCCAAAAUAUUAAUUAUUUAUUAAUACCUUC